GGGAACGAGACGACAAAUACAACAUUUUAAUUCAACAGUUUUUUCUUAACAAUUUAUGCUGUAAUUUUAUUUUAACUUUCUAGAAUGGAAAGUUUUAAACAUGGUGAUCGAGUUUUUGCUAAAGUGCGUGGAUAUCCUUGCUGGCCUGCUCGUGUCGACAGCAAAUGUGAAGUGCUAGGCAGGACUCGCUAUAACGUGUUUUUCUAUGGCACAUAUGAAGUUGCACAAGUAAAGAGUGAAGACUUAUUUCCAUAUGAAGAAAAUAAGGAAAAGUUUGGCAAACCCCAGAAACGCAAAGGCUUCAAAGAAGGACUAUGGGAAAUUGAAAAUCGUCCAAACAUAGGCCUGGCAGAUGAUGUAGUUACUCCAACUCAAGUACCACCCAUGUUGAUUGAAGCAAAUGAAUCAGAAAAGGAGGAAAACAUCAAAGAACAAGCAAAAUUACCUCUAAAACACAAGCGUAAAAUUGAAAAAGUUCAGGAAUCGGAAACAGAACUCGAGCGAGUUAGUCGAAGUGGGAGGCGAAUUAAACCCAAACGGUUUGCCGACGAGGACACUCUCGAACCAACUUCUCACGACACUCACGACAACCUUUUGUCCGAUUCGCUCACAAUUAGCCAACCGUCACAGGACGAAACAGGCGAAGAUGCUGCAACAAUCGCGAAAAGGAAACCGAAAGUAAAGGGUUUGGACGAAACGCUGGAAACUAAAGACCAACUUAUUGAGAGCUCAAGUAGUAGUAAUCAACCCCAUUCAGAAGCAGAAACAGACGAAGUAGAAGGUGACGAUGAAGAUGAAGAACGAGCAACAUCAGAGAAAAUGGAUGUAGUCAGUCACACAACAAACGAUGUGAAACUUCCUAAAACGAAAAAGAAAGCCCGUGUGGAGUGGGAUUGCAAAAACAGUAGGGGGGCUGUUGCUAAAGUCAAAGAAAAUGUUAAUCAGACCGCUUUACCAGAAGGCAUAAAAACCCAACUUGAAGCCAAGGUCAAUCAAGUAACGCAACAGCACCAGGAAAAGUCCAAUCGUUUAUUAGACGAGAAAAAGAAGAAUAAACUUCGUUGGUUAAAGACAGAAAGCCGCCUUGUUGAGUUAGACUAUCGCAUUAAGGAGAGUCUCAGUGUUAACCGACCGAAUUGUGAGGCCGCCAUCCAAGCCUUAGACGAACUCAAUUCCCUCCAAAUGGCUCCUUUGAUGCUGAAAAAACAUCCUUUCAUAGUGACGACUAUCCUAAAACUGAAGCGGUAUAUUGGCCCUAAAGAAAGCCCUGAACAUACAGACGAUCAGAAGGCAAUGUACAAAGAAAAAUCCGCCAUUGUCCGCAGCAAGGCAACGAUGAUAUAUGAAAAAUUCAAGUUGCUGUUUUUGACACCCGAAGGUCAAAACUUCUGGGACAACUUUGCUGAACAUUUGGAAAAAUUCAAGGAAGACUGUAAAUCUAUGAGUGAAGAAAGCCUUGUCCGUUUAACGGAAGACCCUUCCAUGAGAAAGAAAAAGGCUGAUGCCCCUUCCGCGGAACCAGAAGUCACACCUUCAAACGACUUGACGAAGCCAAUCAAAACGGAAGAAGUAGCCAAAAAAUCUGAAGAUCCUGAGAAAGUGAUUACAACAGCCGAGGAAACAGUGACGACCGGAACUAACGGCGAGGGACCCUCAAGUAGCCACUAGUAGAGACACAUAACUAAGUAGCAACCCUCCUUGUAAUUUAACCGUAAAAGAUUGUUUGCUCGUUUUUUUUUUCUCAUCUCGCUCCUCUUGUUUUCAACCAAGAGAUUGGUUAUUAGCCAAUCAAUCCAUUGUUUAGCGCAUCAACAGGAAUGCACUGGGUUUUUUGCUCUUUUAUUCCUUGGUUAACGGGAUUAAGAUGAUCUUGCAACUGGUCAUUAUUGUUUUAAGGUUUGUCGGUUGGGCAUUCGUGUGGCCAAGCAAAAGGCGUUUUGUGUGGAAAGCACUGUGAUUCUAAAAGUCAAGCGCUUUUGAAUUCUAUUUAGAAUACAUAAUCGUGGUACAAUUCA